CCCAUCUGCAAUCGUCACUUCUUCGUCACUUCGGGGUCUAAGAAAUCGCAAUUUCGAUCGUUUCAACCCGUUAUCGAAGUUGAUCAUGCACGAUAAAAAAAUACCCAUCUAAUCGUGGUAUAUCCUCGAUUUCGUAAAUCGAUUUGAUAAAAUUUGUUGAAAAUUUCUUAUAAAUCUAAAAAUCGGAUAUAAAUUUUUAAAAAAAUAGCGCGUACGUAAAUGUGAGAAAUUGAAUUUCGUGAAGGAAAUUCGAGAGUUUUUUUCUUUUUUUAAUUGGAAAGUAGGACGUCCUCGUGGCUGGCCGAGAAUUCGUAGACGACGAAUUGCUUGAUGCCUCUUCUUCCUGGUAUUGAAUGGUGGACGAACUGGAAAUAAAAACUAUGCAACGGUAACGCGGUGUUAUUAAAAAUAUAUCAGAUGCUUGAUGCAUUCUUAACAUUUAACUGGAAUACGUUGUUAUUACUUACGAAAUUCUUGUAUACGAGUGACCAUUCUUCGAAAAUAACAAGAUGAUGUUGAUAAAAAGUUUUUUCCGGAGGAUCAUCAAAGAUUUCCGGCACAAGGAAUUGUUACCUCUUAAAAUGAUAUUCUUCGUUCAAGCAUCGACGCUCUAUGUACUUUAUCCAUACUUGACGAUACACAUGAGGGAGCUCGGCAUAAACGUGGAAGAAACUGCCAUAAUGAGCGCCAUAACACCAGUGAUUGCAAUGGUGAUGCCACCCUUGGCUGGAAUGGCCGCUGAUCGUGUUGGAAAUUUCAAAAUUUUGCUAUCCCUGUUCUCAUCGUUCGGCGGAAUCGCAGCCCUUUUAUUGUUGCUCGUACCGAUCGGCAGGAUAACCGUGGAAUUUCCGAACAAGGUCGUUAUGGAUCUUGGAUGUACGGGGAAUAAUGGGUUGCUUUACACCAUGAGCCAGAAUCAUCCUUGCGAGACGAGCUUGCAACCCAAGAUCUCCACUACGAUAGAGAGUUGCGGUUACAUGUGUCGUCUAGACGUUCGUAAUGACACCGAAGUGCAGUCAAUUUUAUCAUCAAAGCAAUAUAUGAUCAAACGAUACAACGUGGAAACAGCUAAUUCCUCGUUCAAAUUUUCAAUUGCUCAAAACGAAAUGCCACAGGAAAUAGAAGAAGAUUUAAGAGAACACCGGAAGUUGAGGAACAACGAACACUUCAAGACAUCGAUUCGACAAUUGUCUGCCAACGAGUAUUUCUUUCCAUCCAAUCAGAUGUACGAAUUCUCGUGCAGUGUGUCUGGUUUUAUAGAAGAUUUUGAGAUAUCAACUCUAAAUCCUGCCAUGUCGAACAGGAUCUAUGAGAACCGUACUCUUUGCACUUUCAACCCAAUUAUAUCUCAAAAGGACAAUACCAAUCAGACGACAAAUUAUCACUCGUACAAGUCAAAAUUAAAAAUCUUAAAAAGCACGGAAGAGGAUCGAGAGAAGAAACGACAAAGAUAUCUAUCGGAAGAAAUAGCGUGGACGAACAAAGAAUUUCAGAAGAUCACUUGCGGAAAUCCCGAUAUGGAGACCGACCGAAUAACUCUGACCCUACCACUUUUUAAUUACUCUUUAAGCUCAGAACCUUAUAAAAUUCUGAACACGGAAGACUGCAGUAAAAGGUGCAUCGUUACUGCACCUCGUAGCGAUAUGUGCUCGAAUACAAAAAUGGUGAUCGAGUAUAAUGUUGGGAUGACUUUCUGGUUAUACUUCGCCAUUAGAGUGUUCAUCGGUGUUAUUGGUGGAACAACUUUCGCCAUGUUCGAGGGUGCAGUAAUCGCCAUAUUGCGCGAGCAAAAGGCUGAUUAUGGGCUUCAAAGGAUUUACGGCAGCAUCGGUGGUAUGAUAUCAUCGCCCCUCUCUGGACUUCUUAUUGAUUAUGCGAGCACUGGCAAAGGUUACACUGAUUUCAGGCCAGCAUUUUAUCUAUACGCGGCUCUAAAGCUGAUCUCAGGGGUGCUAAUGCUCGCCAUUAAUUUGGAAUUCAAAUCACCCGCCACAAAUGUCGUUCGCGAUGUUUUCACCGUGCUAAGGAACAUAGAGGCUGCGGCGCUCUUCAUCGCCUGUUUCAUCCUCGGAACCGCUUGGGGAUACAUCGAAUCGUUCCUCUUUUGGUUGAUACAAGAUUUAGGAGGAUCAAGAUCACUCAUGGGUAUCACCAUAACCGUAGGCGGUAUUGCCGGUAUACCAUUACUGGUACUAUCUGGCCCAAUCAUAUCCAAGAUCGGCCAUGCCAAUGUACUUUUUAUAGGCUUCGUUUUUUACGCCAUAAGACUUUGCGGUUAUUCCUUGAUAUACAAUCCUUGGCACACUCUUUUCUUCGAAGCGUUAGAAUCCGUCACUUUAUCCCUUAGUUUCACCGCUGCUGUUACUUACGCGGCAAAAUUAUCCACUACUACCACCGAUAGCUCGAUACAAGGAUUAUUAGGUGGUGUUUAUUACGGAGUUGGCAAGGGUUCAGGAAGCUUGAUCGGUGGAUACCUAAUGAAAGCCUUCGGCACUCGACCGACGUAUCGAAUCUUCGCAGUGGUUACUCUGAUCACGGGUAUAAUGUACUACAUCUUCAACGUGGCUUAUCUGAAGAAACGGCCGCAGGUGGAGGGGAACGACAUAGUGAAAAAGAAACCGAAGAACGUGGAGAAUCAAAAUGGUCUCGAGAGUGGAAUCAUAGAGAUCGAUUUGGAAGAGAAGAAACGUUCUAGGGACGAGAACGAGAAGAACGAAUCGAACAAUUUAACCGGAAUCGACAAUCAAGCGUUCAUCAGGGAACAAGAUGGCGUCAAGUGUUCGAGGAAGAGCCAACGAACGAAUAAUAUAGAGGCGAUUAAUAACGCGAAGAAUCUCGAUAAAAUUGAGAAAAUGCCAGCUGACGAGAGUAAAAAGAAAUUCGGCGCGAAAAGGUUGAAGAAAAUGCAAACUGACGAGCGCGAUCGAGCGAAAGAAUGCUCGAAACAAAAUGGCAGCGCGAAUCCGAGCUUGGAGAGCGAUCGAUUUAGGUGUAACGUAACCGUGGAGAAACAACCGGAAGACAAGAAGUGAAGAAAAUCCCAUUAAAUGAUCUCGAUACUCUUUUUCUUUUCUUCGUUCCUUGUCACGAAACGAUUUUUAUACCGUUAAAGGUAUAAAAUACAGGUAUACGAAACGAGAUGGUAAGAAAUGCGGAUGGAAGUAUAGAGGAGUUUGGUGUACAUGUAUAUAUUUUACAAUAUGUAAAGUUUGUACACGUGAUUAGAAGAGAUUGUUGAAUCGAAGAGAUAUAGCGUUGUUGGUGAUUAUUCGAAUGUAUAGAAUUCCUAGUCAUUUGAAAAGAAAUUUUUUCAUUUCGUUUUUAUAUUGUUUAUAUAUUGUGUACCAAGUUUUUAUAUUAUUGUUUAUAUACAAACAUAAUUAACGACGAUUAUGU